GUGGAGAGCACAGGCUCAGGGGUGGAGAACAUCAGACAAGCAAAAGAGCUGAGCUCUCCUAAGUGUGAGAUUCCUGCAGGAGGCUGAUGGACAGUGGAGCCCCCCUUUGGGCUGGCUAAUCCAUCUGCUCAGCAAGGGGGCACCAGGGGCCACUGCAUCUGCCCAGCAAGGGGGCACCAGGGGCCACUGCAUCUGCUCAGCAAGGUGGCACCAGGGGCCACUGCAUCUGCUCAGGGAGAGAGCACCAGGGGCCACUGCAUCUGCUCAGGGAGAGAGCACCAGGGGCCACUGCAUCUAUAGCUGUUCUGGAAACAUCCUUCCCGCUGCUGCUUUAUCAGGCCGCCCUCGGCAGGAUCAGCUACGCCUGUUUUUUUUCUUCACCCUGUUGCCCGCAUGACCGGGAGUCAAACCCUUCUGCCGUACUUUGCGGUGCAGCUCAACAAGAUGGGCUCAUUCCGGCGUCCCAGGCCGCGGUUCAUGAGCUCCCCGGCUCUCAGCGACUUGUCGCGGUUCUACGCCAACCGCCAGGUCCUGCAGCUCAACUCCAGCGUCCUGUGGAACAGUGUGCAGAACGCCGUCAUCAACGUGUUCAAAGGAGGGGGCCUGCAAGCCAACGAACUCUACACCCUGAACGAGAACGUCAGACAGUUGCUGAAAAGCGAGCUGGGCUCAUUUAUCACCGACUAUUUUCAGAAUCAGCUGCUCUCAAAGGGUCUGGCCUUCAUGGAGGAGAAAAUCAAGCUGUAUGAAGGUGAAAACCGUGUCAUGAUUUUAGCAGAAUUAUGGGACCACUUCUUCAUGGAAAUCCUGCCAACGCUGCAAGCAAUAUUUUAUCCCGUUCAGGGCCAGGAGCUCACGAUCCGUCAAAUUGCGCUGCUCGGUUUUAGGGACUUGGUCUUAUUAAAGGUGUACCUGGACAAAACACUACCUCUGAUGCAGUCCCCGAUCCCACCGCCCAUCCUGCAGAUGCUGCUGGUCCUUCAGGGUAUCCACGAGCCGUCUGGCCCCAAUGAAGGCUACCUGAAGUUGGAGGAACUGUUGAAGAUGGUGGUAUCACCAUACUUGGUGGCGUACGCGGACAGAAGCUACAGCCAUACGAACACCUCCUGUAUACUGGAUCAUCGCUUCCCCAAGUGUCACAUGAGGUCGGAUCCAAUGUCCUAUAACUCUCACGUUGGCGCCUCACUUUCUAUCGAACGCUCCUUGUCCCCCCUGACGGAACAGGAAGGCGAGGCGUACCUGGAGAGAUGCGGCAGCAUUCGGAGGCACACAGUCGCCAACGGUCACACAGACAUCCAGCUCCUGGCUAUGGCUUCCAUCAUGCACCCCCGAUCGGAGGACACCGAGCUCUCGGACCCAUGUCUGCUCCUUCAACCCAACUUCACCCAGCGACAUUUCAGCAGCGAACCAAACAUUGCGGACAGUCCAACAGAACUGAGUAGCUCUCUGCAAGACGGGUCCGAACACAGCUGUACGACCCCCAGCUGACCCUUGACCCCCGUCUUGAUUACCAGGACACCAGUCUCAGCAAUAACACAUAUCAAGCUACUUGAAAUAAGGACCAGAAACUGGAUUUUAGCAGCUGGAAUCCCAUUUUAGGAGUCUUUUCACAGUCUGGCACACUGGUCGGUGGAAAGUCAAGAUUGCACUGUUAAGGAACUGCCCAGCAAAACCGAUUCAUUUCUAGUUGUGGAUAGAGUGGGAAAGGGUUAGAACCUCUGUUGGGGUUUAAUUGCCGUGCAAGACUAGUGGGGAAAAAAACUGGCCCAUCGAUUUUAACUUGUCAGAUUAAUCAAAAUAUGACUGGGCACAGGGGCCCUGGUGAGGCUGAAUACUACAAAACGGGAUUCCUCGUAAGGAGAGGAUAUUUGUCAGCACACCACAGAUCUUCAGAUUACGUCCAAACUUUUUUUUUUGAAGAACAAUCGCGUCACAAACGGCAAAGUGCAACAUUUCAGAGCAGCGCGUUACCCCUUCAUCAGGUAUGUGAUGUCAUUACAUGCCUGACGAAGUCAUCACAUUCGUCAACAAAGGGAAAAAGGUUCUAACCCUUCAUCAGAUGCCUGACCUUUCAUCACAUGCCUGACCCUUCUAAAAGUUUCUACCCCCC